UCCACGCAUUGAGCAUAGCGCACCACAUCAGUUUGGCGGGUUGUGUAGUCAAAUCAACGUUAAUGGUCGCCCAGUCAUAUAUUCCGUUCACCCCUUUGCGUCGUCCUCCCAAGCUAGUGUUUUCACAUGAACUGCAACACUCACCCAUGGCCUACUCACCAUGCAUGAUGCAUACCGACACUGUAGCGUGCCAGGUGAUCGAGCUGACGCCCUCACAAGUACACUCAAUGGUGGUCCGCCUGUUGACCAUAGCGUCUCUCCAGUUGGACUCCCUGGCCGAUCAGUUGUGUCGUCCUACUGAGCUGGUAUGCCUGUAUGCGCGGAAUCUCUCAGGGGCAGAUGACCCAUCGAUUUAUUCACGUCACCCUCACGAGCUGGGGCACUGGUAUGAUCCGUACCAUCCAGCUAGUGCUGGAUCACCAAUUGUGACGAAUUCUAUUGUUUCGACGCAUCAAGCGAUCGUACGUUCAGUCAGCAUGGGUGUUCAGGCUCACAACAAAGCUCUCAGCUGCAAAGUCAACGCGUCCAAACCCCAGCUGGGCAGAACUCAGAUCGUGACACUAAUGUGGCCAGACUACGCUGCUGAUGAGGACAAUUGUUUCCCAAUUAUCUCGCCCUUUGACGGCCGGACCCAUGAACUGUUGUCCCCACUUGCCCAGUUGGAUCCUCUGGAAAAUCCUCCACAUCACCCAUGCGAGCUAAAACACUCUUGCGAAUUGCGCUACUCAGCCGUGGUUGGUUUGCCAAUUACAACGGGUCCCUUCGGUUUGGUGGGUCAAGUGAUUGAGCCAAUGACAUCGCCUGGUCAGCCAGCUGCCCUUUCGUGCUCCACGCUCGAGUCAGCGAGCUGGCAUGUGUUGUAUCGCCCGGUGGCAACAUGCACACCAACCACGACAUCUUUCAUCGAUUUGACGCACUGUGCAAUCAAAUUGGCAUCAUCGCAUGACCAAUCGGAUUCUCCAGUUGCCCCUGAGCGUCGACUUCCCAGACUAGCACGCUUGAACGGACCAUAUCGUUCGACGGCAAUCCAUCCGCUAAUCCCGAUACACGUCAUCGGUUCAGCAUGUCAAUCCUUUCAGGUUGAAGGGCAACUCAUCAUCCUCACAGGUGAACCCGCUCUCAACAAAGGUCCCAGCCAAGAAACCUACACGUCUGACCUCUGGCUGGGUGGAACUCAGAUUGUGCAUAAGAAUGGGAACUCUCAUUGGCUGGAAUCGAGUAAUUCCGAGAGAACCACAAAGAUAUCGAUGCAGUUUGGCUACGACCCCAAGGUCAAGGGCGGACAUCUCCCAAUUACCUCGCCCAUCGACGGUUGGAAUCGUGAGCGGACGUCUCCUCCAGUUCAGUCGGACUCUCCAGCGGAUCCCUUGCAUUCCCCACUCGAGUUGGCGAGCUGGCUCGCGUUACAUCGCCCAGCGGCAGCACAUUCACUGACCACAGAGCAGUUCAUUAAUUCAGUGUGUCGUACCGUCGAGAUUGCAUCCUCUCACGAAUGGUCAAAUCCCCCCCCGCCGAUCGCGAGGCAUUCCCCCGGGAUGAUGCACCAUGCGGCUGGGCCAGCUCCCUCAUACGUCCGUUCGGACCCUCCAGCUGUAGUUACGUACUAUUUUCUCCAGCAAGAGUGUCUGCCUGGUUCAGUGGUGGUUUGUACUUCGUUCGCAAUGUCUACUGCCAGUUCAGCGCGACGCAGGGUCAAUGUGUCCUUGCAUGAUCAGCUGGACCUUCCUGUUGGUCACCCUCCAGAGUCAGCAUGCGUAUUAGUAUGUCACGUAUUCGGACCCUUACCCUCGCUGGGUUUGUUGGACAUCUUGGCAGCUUAUUCACGACACCCUCACAAGCGGGGACACUCGCUCAGCCCGCACCGUUCAGUCAGUGCCGGGUCACUGAUUGCGACUAAUCCUACUGGUACGACAUGCCGAAUGAUUACGCGCCCCACCUUUACAGGCACUCAGGCUCUCAACAAAGUUCCCAUAUGCAACAUCUACAUGACUGAUCCCCGUCUGGGCGGAUCUCGGGUUAUGACGCUGAUGUGGCUAGGUUACGUCCCUGAUGUCAAGGGCGGCCAUCUCACAAUUGCCUCACCCAUUGACGGCUGGGACUCGUGUUCGCAUAUGCAAAAGGAGCCAGAAUAUGAGUUGAAGCACACGGAGCCACUCCUGGCACAGCCACCCAGGUCGCGUCUUGGACUUCACAAAUGGAUACACACCUUGUCAUUGUGCUUGGAAAUGCAUUGGUGUGGGAACGAUUAUACGCUAAAGGAAGAACCUCGCGUCCUCAAACUGAAGCCAAAUUCACAUUGGACAGGUUUCUCAACGGGUUAUGUCAUCCCAUUUGUACCCUCGUUGAACCGUUAUGCGAAGCAGUUCAGAUCUUCGCUCAGACCACCACUGCAAAUGGUUGUUCCCGAUUACUCCAAGCCCGAUGGAUUACGCGCUGCAUGGAGCUGUUCAGACCGGAGACCAAUAUCGUCUAUGGGGCAUUAUAGACAUAACAGUACGAGCCCGAGGGCCGGCAAGAAAACCUACGUCAAGACUCAGCCCAAAGGCUUGCAGUGGUGCCUAUUUUUUCGCGCAAACCGCCUGUUUAUCUCAGCGCCCUCAGGUACUCUUGUGCCCAUAGCCAGGUCAUCAUAUCAGCCGAUUCCAGUUGUCCCGAUGCACUCUCUGAAAGGGUCUCAUCGUCCGAUCAAUCUGAAGAAUCCCUUUCCCAGUCAGGUCACUCCUGCUACCCCAGCAUCAUACUGCGAGAAGACCGGCCCAUCUCAACCGGCCUCCAAACUAGCACAAUCCUCCCGUGUCCUUGCACACUCACCCACCGUUCGGUCGUUUGCAUUCCUGCCAGGUGGGCCCGGUGGGAUGAAAGAUCCAACUUGGGAUUAA